CCACUGACCAUUGAACUGCCUGGAGUAGAUCCUCAGUAGUGUCCACAGCAAACAGGUCAGUAAAUCAUGUUUGUCUGAAUUUUCAGUGGUGUUAAUCACUGUGAAGAAGCAGUUGGUACAAAAUCAGGAAAAAUAUUUUCUGAUUCUAGCAGCUUUUCAGAGGACUUUGUCAUUAUUGGGCCCUUUUCUUGAUUUUCUUGUUUCAUUUUCAUUUUUAAUUUUGCAGGUAAAAGUGUUAAGAACUGUUGAAGGCUUUCUCUCAGUAAAACUUCACAUAAAUUUUGGCAGACCACUAGGGAACCCUGAAUUUAAAAUCUUUUUCAUUUUGUCAGCUUUGAAUACCCUUUCCAAUCUUGAACAUUGUUCCUAAAUGUCCUCAGUCUCCUCUUUACCUGUUGUGGUGUAUAUUUUGUCUUUACAAUGCUCUUAAAUCUGUAGGCUUUAACUAAAUCAUAGAAUUAAAGCAGACUGAGAAAUGAAAAAUGGCUUACUAUGUUAUUAAAAAUAAUAAUCAAAAUAACUAGACCUUUCUGUUACAGGAAUUAAAGUAGAUCAGUUGUUUAUCAUUAUUAACAGUAGCGGUCACAACCUCAAGCAAAGGUUAUAUUUAACAGAAAGCUUGGUAUUUUUACUGAUGGUUGUUCUCUUAAGUAAGAAAAAUAAUUAAAAAUGUAUUUUUUAAAAUACAUUAUUCCAAUAUCCAUUUUUGAUAUUUAAAAGUCCAUAUUUUACCAGUAAAACCUUUUCUUACAUGAAGAUUUUCCACCAGUUCUUUUUAAUAGGGUUUUGAUUUAAAAUGUAGUUAUCACUUAAAUUCGAAAUUUCUGCUCAAUAAUCCUGAUUCUGAAGUAGAUGACAUGGAUCUCCUGUUGUUUGUCACAAUCCCUCUGGGGUACAUACUGUAGUUAUCUGAAUGCAUGUGCUGGAUUUUAAUCAGUUUUGCUUUCCAUUCCCUAUAUCAAACACCCACUUGGGAACCUGAUUCUCACUGUCAAGGGAAAAAUUCCUCUUACUGCUGUGAACCUAGUUCUUUUGGUUUUAAUGGAUUUAUUUGUUGAGUUGAGCACUGUUUUACCUACUGUUACAGGAAAAGAUGCCACUUAAGGAUGUAGAAUCAUAUGAGAUAAAUAUAAAAUCAAGUAAUUUUUUCACUGGAGCAAAUGAUACCUUACAGGAUUAUUUAAAACUGGUCAGUAUUUCUCUACCACAGUCUCCGUGUAGCCUUGAGUACACCAUGAACUACUGUUGCUUUUACCAAAUUAUCUGUUUGGGGUGGGGAUGGGAGACCCAACGUUCCCGAAAAAUUACAUUUUUAAGCUACUACUAUAUAUUCUCUUAAAACAGUCUUUCAAAUGUAUUAAAAUUUUAUUUGAGACAGCUUUGUAAAUCUAAGCAAAGCAUUUUAUUUUUUUUUUUUGGUCACCGAAAUGUUUAGUAUGAUUCAAGUUGUUCUGUUUUUAUCCAGUCUGUUUCUCCACAUUGUUGAUGGUUCUGGAGGUGCAGGUAACUCUGUUCAUGCUGGAACCCCACUGAUAAUCAUGAACUGAUAUUACUGGGGCUGGGCAGGCCUGCUGGGGGUAAGGAAACAUAGACCUCCCAGGGGAAUUCUUGCAACGCCAUCUCAGCCCUUCCUGUCAGCCGCUGAGCCAAGAGCAUGUUUUUCUUUGACUGCGCUGACUUCCAGGCACUCAGCUCAGCGUUGCCUCUUUGCUUAUUCUACUGUGUUAAAGGCAAUGGGUUAAAUGUACUGGGUUAAAUAUUUUUGUGAAAUUCGCCUUCACUCAGCAAAUUAGAAGUGAAGAAUCAGUAACUCUUUUGAGGAUCUCUGCUAUUGCUAUUUCCCAGCAGUGAUAUUACCAGAAUGAUACUACCAGUCACUGACUGUUUUUUUCAUGGCAGAAAUGAUCAUGCAUUACACUCCAGCACGUUUUGUUUAAGUACAUGACAGUUCCUGUACGGCCUAUAUCCAGUAACUCAUUUUUGCAUAUCUGGAAGGAUUCUGGUAUUUUCACAAGAUUCCUUUCUUCAUCAAAGAUCACAAAGCGUAACAAGAUGAUGAAACAUUCUGCAUCUGGUCCACACAAUUUUUUAUGCUGUCAAACAUCAUUGAAAAGAUUAAGCUGUGAAAGUCACAGGUAUCUCAGUUCAUUCUCCUCAUAGGAAGAUUAACUAUUAUUGUAACAGCUUCUGCGAAGAAAAAUUGAAAUAAUUCCACUGUUAAAUUAGUUGUUUUGUCUUGGGGAAUAAAGUUUUUUUUAAAAAACCGUGAUCAGUGCAUCAGAGGUAAGUGGUUACGGUUGAGGAUCAUGGGACAAGAGGUAACUAGAGUGCUGCAUACAAAACUAACUUAAAAAUGCAGGACAAAGGGCAAAGCUCACUGUCUUUGCAGCUUUGCUCAGGCCACAGACAUUUAACAUGUAAAAGAAUCCAAUCAAGAGCUUAUUUAUAAUUUUUUCUAGAUGAUAGAUGGGUUCAUCCGUGUAAGAACAGGGAAGAAAAUAACCUGUAUGUCAGCAGUCAUUCACCGUAGCUUGUAAUGAGCCUAGUAAUUUACAUGUAGCACUAGAAAAUGGAAAAUCAAUAGAUGGGCCCCGAUUUUAGAAUCAUCUUAGCCUUCUAGGACCUCACUGUCUCCUCCUCUGACUGCAGGCUCUUCCAGACACAAACCAGGUUUUGCUCCACGCUUCAAAAUGUUCAUGUAUGUUUAACAGAAGCUUCUAAAUAGCAUUAAAAUGGCAGUUUGGCAAGGUUCUGAAGCAGUCUUCUGGACUGCUGAAAAUAACAAUAAAGAUGGAAAAAAAAUAGAAGAAAAAAAAAAAAAAAGAAAAAAUAGCAAUGGACUUCAGAGCAUUUAGGAUUGUUAUGGUGAGUACAGGUGGAAAAGGGGGGGCAUUUACAGUGAAGAAACGGAAAUUGGAAAUAUCCUUUAGUUUUGUGUGAAGGAAAAGGAGUUUCAGAGAAUCAGCUACUGAGUGCAGUGGUGUAAGAAUUAAUAACCUUCUUAUAAUGUAGACAAUAACAAGCUGAUGUUGUGUUGACUAAAGAGAGUUGUGGGGCAUUAGAAGCCCUAAAGAGCACAUUGGGAGUCUAUAAGGUUCAGCCAAGCUACAGAAAAGAUACCAGAUGAGGACAGUAUAUUAAGUCCUUAAAAAGCUGUUCAUACAAAACAUAAAAAAGCAGACUGGGGAGCUUUGCAUUUAAUGAAAUUAUUAGAAGCAUCAGUUUUGCUGUGAAUUGCCUAAGUGACUUCCAUUAAUAAUUAAUCUGUUCAUAACUGAAUCAUCUUUCUUUGGAUAAUUUCAAGGUGAUACUUGUCUUUUUCAUCAUUUUUGUUGCAGGAUUCAUAGCAACAAUUCCAUUACCUUUCUUGUGUAGUCUACAGCAUCUACAUACAACUUCUUCUGCCAUGAAGAUAUUUAAAUUACCAAUUCUAAAAUCCUUGUGGACUCAGAAGCCUCUGUAUAGGACCUUCCAUGGACACCCCAAGCUGCUUGCCUCUGAUGUGUAUUCACAGUAUCAGGCUGUCAGGCGGGGCGAACAAGAAAUACCAAAGUACUUUAACUUUGCAAGUGAUGUACUGGACAAGUGGUCUGAAAUUGAAAAGGCUGGAAAAAGACCAUCAAACUCUGCUUUUUGGUGGAUAAGUGGAAAAGGAGAAGAAGUGAAGUGGAGCUUUGAUGAGCUGGGCUUCCUGUCACGGAAAGUGGCUAAUGUGUUGACUAAAGUAUGUGGACUGCAAAAGGGGGACAGAAUUAUUGUGGUCCUGCCACGAAUCCCCGAAUGGUGGCUGGUGAAUGUGGCUUGUAUGCGAGCAGGAAUUGUCUUAAUUCCAGGAACGUCCCAAUUAUCAGCCAAAGACAUAUUAUAUCGACUCCAGGCUUCAAAGGCCACGUGCAUCAUUACUGAUGACACAGUGGCUCCCGCAGUAGACUCAAUGGCAUCUGAGUACCAGUUUCUGAAAACCAAGCUGAUCGUGUCCAAAGGCAGUAGGGAGGGAUGGCUAAACUUCAGUGAACUGUACAAAAACCAAUCUGCUGACCAUAUCUGUGUCAAAACAAGGAUUGAAGAUUCGGUGAAUAUCUUCUUUACCAGUGGAACCACAGGUUCUCCAAAGAUGACUGAACAUUCCCAGGGUAGUCUUGGUUUCAGACCCCUGUUAAGUGAAAGGUACUGGUUGGAUUUGACUCCAUCAGAUGUAAUAUGGAGCACAGCAGACACAGGCUGGAUAUUAACUUCACUGACAUCUGUUUUUGAUCCCUGGGUUUUUGGAUCAUGCAUCUUUGUGCAUCAGCUCCCACAGAUUGAAUCAGCAACCAUCCUAAAUACUCUCUGCAGAUUCCCUAUUGACACUCUGGUUGGUGUUCCAACGUUGUAUCGCAUGCUGGUGCAAAAUGACCUCUCCAGUUACAAAUUCAUGAACCUGAAGCACUGCAUGAGUGGAGGAGAGCCGCUAAACCCCGAAGUUAUGGAAAAAUGGAAAAGCCAGACAGGGCUGGACAUCCAUGAAGUGUAUGGCCAGACUGAAACGGGAAUAAUCUGCUCUGUUUUUAAGGGGAUGAAGAUUAAGCCUGGAUCAAUGGGAAAGGCGGCUCCCCUUUUUGAUGUUCAGGUUGUAGACAAAAAUGCAAAUAUUCUGCCUCCGGGACAACAGGGGGAAAUUGCUGUCAGAAGCAAACCUAUAAGGCCACUUGGUUUGUUCUCUGAAUAUAUAGAUAAUCCUAAGAAAACUGCUGAAAGCGAGCGUGGGGAUUUUUACGUCACAGGGGACAGAGGGACUAUGGAUGAAGAUGGCUAUUUUUGGUUUAUUGGAAGAGAUGACGACAUCAUCAUUUCUUCAGGGUAUCGCAUUGGGCCAUUUGAGGUAGAGAGUGCGCUGAUGGAACACCCAGCAGUAGCAGAAGCAGCUGUUGUCAGCAGUCCAGAUCCCCUCAGAGGAGAGGUUGUGAAAGCAUUUGUGGUCCUGUCUGCCACCUUUUCAUCUAGUGACCGGGAGCACUUAGCUUGUGAAUUGCAGGAACAUGUCAAGAAAACUACUGCUCCAUAUAAAUAUCCCAGAAAGGUGGAAUUUGUCCAACAGAUGCCAAAGACAAUCACUGGGAAGAUUAAGAGGCAUGAAUUAAGGAAUAAAGAGUGGGGACGGAUGUAACAUUGUUUGGAACUUAACAGAACUUCUUUCAUUCCACUGUUGCUAUAUUUCUCUGUUACAACUGGCCUGGUUUGUUUUUGUCAAAUGCCUGAGCAUCAAAACCUGUAGAUAAUACCAAAGUAUGAUGUUCGCACCUGCUUGCAAAACUUCUAACAUUAGUGCCACGGGUUCAGUUCCUGAAGCACUGCUGGGAGGACAAACAAAUCAUACAAUUCCAUUCUAGUCCAUAAUACCCAAAAGCUCAAAAGAACUUAGGUGGUGACCUUAGGUGGUGACCCUUCUCUUUUAGGGAACAUCCAAAAUCACUGAACAGAUAUUGCUGAUACAGAUUGUAUAGUUCCAAGUUGCAGAAAAAGACAUGACUUUGAGUUGUUCAAAUGCCCUGUCCUUAAAUGCCACAUGCUCUAAAGUGAGUGCAGUCCUCCUAACGUUUACUGAUGGAAAGACUCCUCUAUUGAUACUCAGCAUCUCAUAUGCUUCUUCCGCAAAUACUGUCUAAUAUGGACAGUAGUUUCAUUGCUCACCCUCUGUUCUGAUCUUCGUAUACAAUAGACAAAAACUCCCAUACCACUUGUGGUGGUCUUUGAAAUAAAGUUUGCUGUUAGGCAAGUGACACACUUUGUAGAACAAGCCGUGGCUCUUGGCCAUAUUAGCCACUUGCUGCAGGACCAGGCUCUCUCAGCAAUGUAGGUAGAGGUGAAUCCAGUGAACAAACUCCUGUGAUCUGGUUUGGAUGAUCACGUGUCAGUUUAAUGUUUAGCUCUUGGCUUUAUGAAGAAACAUGUACGGUAGCGUACAUACUGUUUCUUCAGUUGCACAUGCAAUAGUGGGCCAAGCUUUAAGGCUGUAUUAGUUCUUAGCUGUUCAUCUUCAGGCUUUUUGAUUUUAUGUACUCAAAGACUUCAUUUUCUGUCAUGAAUUUUCAUUAAAUCAUGAAAAUGUCUUCAGUAGGCCUCUUGUGGUCAUUAAAUAAGAGGAAAUUGCCGGAACACAGCAGCAUCUCAGGGCAGGAAAGAAGGUCUUCUUACAGCUGUCUCACUGCCUGGAGUUCUGUGUCUACUGCGCUGUUUUAAAGUGAGGUUUGGAGAAUGCUAAUUUUGAGAAAAUAAAGCAUUUUAUUUCUUGAGCAUAAGCACUUCGGUUAUGUCAAUGAAACAAUAAACAAUUUAUGUAGCAGCAAUGGCUGAAAGAAAUCAUCAAUAAAUACAAUGUUUAC